CCGAGGUUUUUGCUAGGGAACCGACAGUUGUCGCCCCGCCCCCCCCGGGGGCUUUUUGUCCCGUUAACUGUCGGAGUGGCGGGGGCUCCGGUGCCGGGCGACAUGCCGGUGCGCUUCAAGGGGCUGAGUGAAUACCAAAGAAACUUUCUGUGGAAAAAGUCAUAUUUGUCAGAGUCCUGUAAUUCCUCAGUUGGGCGAAAGUCUCCAUGGGCUGGACUUAGAUCAGAUCAAUUAGGGAUCACGAAAGAGCCAAGUUUUAUUUCAAAAAGAAGAGUCCCUCACCAUGACCCACAAAUUUUAAAAUCACUUAAGUGGAAUGGAACUACCUCAGAGAAUGAUGUGGUUGUAUCACCAGAACGUGAAGCUCCUGAAACACCAAAAUCACAAGAGGCAGAACCAAAAGAUGUUAACCAAGAAAGAGUUCUCUCAUUAGAAGCCUCCAGGGUUCCCAAAAGAACCAGAUCUCACUCUGCAGACUCCAGAGCUGAAGGAGCUUCUGAUGUUGGGGAAAAUAAUGAGGACGUAAUAACAAGCCAUAUACCAGUUAAUGAAAAUGUGGAACUAGAACAUUCUACCAAGUGUCUUUCACAAAAUGUAGAUAAUGGGUUGGAUAGACUUCUACGUAAGAAAGCUGGACUGACUGUUGUUCCUUCACAUAAUGCCUUGAGAAAUUCUGAAUAUCAAAGGCAGUUUGUUUGGAAGACCCGUAAAGAAACUGCUCCAGUCUUUGCAGCCAAUCAGAUUUUCCACAAUAAAAGCCAAUUUGUUCCACAGUUCAAAGGUAACUCAAUCAUCCAUGAAACUGAAUACAAAAGAAAUUUCAAGGGUUUAUCUCCAGUAAAAGAACCAAAAUUAAGAAAAGAUUUGAAAGAAAACGGAAAUCUUGAGACAAUAUCUCCUGAAAAAAAGUGUAAUAAGACAGAUGAUCCUUUAAAAUUAGAAGCAGAGAUGGAAUUAAAAGACUCAAACCAGCCUAAAAAGAAGCUUACUCCUUGGAGACAUCAAAGGCUUGGGAAGGUGAAUUCUGAAUAUAGAGCAAAAUUUCUGAGCCCAGCUCAGUAUUUGUAUAAAGCUGGGGCUUGGACACAUGUGAAGGAAAACAUGCCAGAUCAGGGUUCUCUAAAUGCCAUGUGGUAUGCAGAGGUUAAAGAACUUCGAGAGAAGGCUGAGUUUUAUAGGAAACGAGUUCAGGGAACACAUUUUUCUCGGGACCAUCUAAAUCAGAUUCUGUCAGAUAAGAACUGCUGUUGGGAUGUCUCCUCAACCACAAGCUCAGAAGGAACCAUUAGUAGCAACAUCAGAGCAUUAGAUCUUGCCAGAGAUCCUACAAGCCACAAGGCUUUGCAGAGAUGUCCUUCUACAAAACUAGAAGAAAAAAGACAUAUCUCGGAAGAACAGCCCCAGAAAAAUACCACGGAGAAAUUGGGAAUGUCAGGCACUCCCACCAUACCUGUUACAAGGCGGCUGGCUUGGGAUGCAGAGAAUACCAAUGAAGACACACAGAAACAGCCCAGAGGGGAGGAGGAGGAGGAGGAGGAAGAAAAGGAAAGGGAUAAGCAGGUUUAUAUGGGAGAGCUAGAGAAGUUGGAUGUACCUGACAAAUCUAAGGUAGACAAGAUGAAAGAAGGGUUAGAUUCUUCUUCCGUAUCCUCAGGAAAUGGAGGCAGGCUUCCUACUCCGAAGCUGAGAGAACUUGGUGGAAUCCAAAGGACUCAUCAUGAUCUUACUACUCCAGCUGUUGGUGGUGCUGUUUUAGUGUCUCCAUCUAAACUGAAGCCUCCAGCCCCAGAACAGAGGAAAAGAAUGUCCUCUCAGGAUUGUUUAGAAACUUCGAAGAAUGAUUUUACUAAGAAAGAAAGUCGUGCUAUAUCCCUACUGACUUCUCCAGCUGCUGGUAUAAAAACAGUUGAUCCUCUGCCUUUGAGGGAAGAUUCUGAAGCCAAUAUCCCCAAAUCUGCUGAGGCAACUCUUCCAGUUUCAAAAAUUCCAGAAUAUCCACCAAACACCCCUGGACAGUCACCUUCGUCACCACAUCCUCCAUCCUAUUGGCAUCCCUCUCGUCGAAUUCAGGGCUCUCUGAGAGAUCCAGAAUUUCAGCAUAAUGUGGGAAAAGCAAGGAUGAACAAUUUCCAGUUACCUCAGCAUGAAGCCUUUGAUGAUGAAGAUGAGGACAGAUUGUCUGAGAUUUCUGCUCGUUCUGCAGCUUCUAGUCUCCGGGCUUUCCAAACUCUGGCACGAGCUCAGAAAAGGAAGGAGAAUUUCUGGGGUAAAACAUAAACCUGGUUGAUUUGCCUUUAUCUAAGGAACUAUUGGCAUAAUUUUUUUUUUUUUAUUGCUUACUGUGUUAAGAUUUUUUGAGUGUUUGAAUUUUUUUCUGACAUGUCCUGCUUAAAAAAAGAAGUAUUUGAUUUUUCAAUAGUCAAUUCCGUUUUCUCAGAACUUUAUAACACAGGCUUAUUAUGCAAAUUGAACUUUUUUUACAUCCCAGAAUACAAAGAUAUAGACUAUAUAGUUCUUCACAUGUUCUAACUUGAUUAGGUGUCAGGAAUAGAAUUUCACACAUCCAGAGAAUAUUCUAAAGAGAUAAACAAGAUUAAAUAAAAAUUAUGUGUGAAGUAUAUAUUUCCCUAAUAUUGGUUAUAUGCAUCCUUAUAAUUGUAGAAGUCCUAAAAUGAAUUUGUUAUUCCUUUAACUUUUGCUGCAUUGUUUCUUUUUAUUUUAGU